CAUGAACCUGGAAGGAAUCAUCAAACAUACUUGGGCUGACAACAUCACGAUGCACCUGAUAUUCUACGAGUACCUGCACAACGAGUACCGGCGGUCCUUCGUGGAGGUCCACAGCAUGUUUUGCAAGAUGAUGAAAACAGACCCUUACAUUGGAGGCAUGCUCGCCAAACAUGGCGCCCCUUGUCCUGCGCCACCGGGAGAAUACAAACUGCAGAAUAUGACGCUGCAAGGCGAUAACUUCCCCAAUUUGUUCCCCAUCUCCAAGGCCAAGAUCGAGGUGGAGCUCACCAACACCAGCUCCACGGAGACCAUCAUGAAGGCGUAUGCGACGGCGUCUUUCGUGACCAAGACUAAAAAGAAGGUCUAGACCCAGAAGGCAAAA